UGAAAAUACAAAGUCAGAGCUUUACACACAGAGAUGGAACGCAAAUAAUCUACAUUUCUGGAGGGCUUUAAACGAGGUUUACAUCUCAGUACUACACGUACUGCUUUUGAAGGAGACGGACUUUUUCAAAUCCGGAGACUAACAGACGGCCCUUCACCAUGGCAUCAUCUCAGACACCAACAGUCAAAAAAGAUGAAAAAGGCAGAAAUAUACAAGUGGUUGUACGAUGCAGACCGUUCAACACAGUGGAGCGUAAAUCUGUCUCCCAUACCGUCGUUGAAUGUGACCAGAACCGAAGAGAUGUUACAGUCAAGACUGGCGGUAUCUCCGAUAAAGCAGCCAGGAAAACAUACACUUUUGACAUGGUUUUUGGUCCUUCUGCCAAACAAAUUGAUGUGUACAGGAGUGUAGUGUGCCCCAUAUUAGAUGAGGUCAUCAUGGGUUAUAACUGUACUGUCUUUGCAUAUGGGCAAACAGGAACCGGGAAAACCUUCACAAUGGAGGGCGAGAGGUCACCCAAUGAGGAGUUUACAUGGGAAGAGGACCCUUUGGCUGGAAUCAUCCCCAGAACUCUUCAUCAGAUCUUUGAGAAGCUGUCCAGUAAUGGCACUGAGUUCUCUGUAAAGGUGUCUCUCCUGGAAAUUUAUAAUGAGGAACUAUUUGACCUGCUCAGCCCUGCUCCUGAUGUUACAGAGAGGCUACAACUAUUUGAUGAUCCCAGAAACAAAAGAGGUGUUGUUAUUAAAGGUCUGGAGGAGAUCACGGUACACAACAAGAACGAGGUGUAUCAGAUCCUGGAGAGAGGAUCAGCCAAGAGAAAGACGGCCUCCACACUCAUGAACGCCUACUCCAGUCGAUCCCACUCUGUGUUCUCCGUGACUAUUCACAUGAAGGAGAUCACAGUGGAUGGUGAGGAGCUGGUGAAGAUUGGAAAACUGAAUUUGGUGGAUCUUGCAGGUAGUGAGAACAUUGGGCGAUCUGGUGCUGUGGAUAAGCGGGCACGUGAAGCUGGCAACAUAAACCAGUCUCUGCUGACUCUGGGUCGGGUCAUCAAGGCUCUGGUGGAGAGAGGGCCUCACGUGCCCUACAGAGAGUCCAAACUCACCCGCAUACUGCAGGACUCACUGGGAGGACGUACCAAAACCUCUAUAAUUGCCACCGUUUCUCCUGCCUCCAUUAAUCUUGAGGAAACUCUGAGCACGCUUGACUAUGCUAACCGGGCCAAGAGUAUCAUGAACAAGCCAGAGGUCAACCAGAAACUAACCAAGAGAACACUCAUCAAGGAAUACACAGAGGAGAUUGAGCGUCUGAAAAGAGAUCUGGCUGCCACCCGUGACAAACAUGGGGUGUACAUCUCAGUUGAUAACUAUGAGAGUAUAAACUGUAAACUGGUAUCUCAGGAAGAGCAGAUUACUGAGUACACUGAGCAGAUCGCUUCUGUAGAGGAGGAGCUCAAGAGGAUAAUGGACUUGUUCACAGACAGUAAGCAGAAACUGGAGCAGUGCACUGAGGACCUGCAGGACAAGAACCAGAGACUGGAGGAGGUUCACAAAGACCUAUCAGAGACCCGGCAACGUCUCACUCAAGAAGAAUACAUCGCUGCACAGAUUCAGAACAAUGAGGGCCAUCUCUACGGCACUGCUGACCAGUUGUUAAGUACAGCUGAGGCCAGUACGCAAGAUGUCAGCGGACUCCACGCUAAGCUGCAGCGGAAAAAGGAGGUGGAGCUUCAUAAUGGGGAGAUUCAGCAGAGUUUCGCCCAGCGCAUGGAGAACUGCUACAACAGCAUGCAGAGCUCACUGCAGGAGCAGGGCCACAAACAAGCCUCUAUCAUUGACUAUUACCGCUCAUCAGUGGGUGAGCUGCUGAAUAUAAACGGCAGGGUAUUUAAGGAGACGUUAGGUGCUGUGUGUGAGUCAUACAGCUGUAUUCAAGGUGCUGUGGCGGAAGGUGUAGACCGGUGUAAAAAUCAAGUGCUACAGCAGGAGAAAUUCUCUCAGGAGACACAGAACAGCAUGCUGGAAAUACUGGAUGAACACAAACGCAAUCUAGAGGAAGUUCUGGUUGCCCAGGCGGUUCCAGGUAUCAGGUCCAUUAUGGCCAUGACUGACAGUCUGAAGCAAACUCUUUACAGAUACCACGCUCUGGCUGAGCAGAUGCAGGGUCUGAAAGCUGAGAUGAUGUCGUUUUUUGACUCCCAUGUUGAAUCGUUGGCCAGUAUGAGAGAAUGUGCUGUGCAAGGCUUCAGCUCUCUGCAUGCCGAACAUGACGAGCUCAAGCAGCAGAUUAGCCAAGCAGGAAACAACCAUCAGACGCGUGUGGCCCAGCUGCUUCAGUGUUUGCAGAACCAAAUGAAUCUCUUGGCUUUGGACACUCAAACAGACUAUGAAAAUCUUGCCCAAGCAACAUCUGCCCAGAUUGUGCCACUAGAAACGCUACAGAACACCAUACAGGGUCAAUGCACUGCAGCUGAGGAGCAGACUCUGUCUUUCUGUGUUCGGCUGGGCUCCUCUGUGGAUGGAGUGAUAUCAGACAUGAAUGGAGUGACCGAAGAGGGAGAGAGGGCGCUGGAGGAAUGUGGCGGCUACUGCGGACAUGUGCAAACUUCUCUGGACUCGCUGGCUGAAUCAGGUCUCAAGUGGUGUCUCGAUGCCAGCGACUCAACUAAGAGCAAAGCCAAGGGGCAGAUCAAGCUCAUCAGAGAGACUGAGACUGCUAUGCGAGGCCUGCUAAAGUCUGUAGAAGAAAAGGGUGAGAAAGCGGUUCAGAACUGUGAAGGCUGCCUGAGUUCAAUGCAGCAGGAAGUUGAAGGAAUCUUGGGUUGUGUGGAAGUGCAGACAGGCAAAGAUUUGACCAUCUUGCAGGAGCACAGGGAGACGAUCUCCUCCAUCAGCACUCAGGCACUGGACACUGUGCACAACUUCCUCAGCUCUGAGCUCCGACAAGAUUUGCCUACAGGAACGACCCCUCAGCGUAAGGAGUACAUGUACCCACGUGUGCUGAAUCAGCCAAGGAGUCGAGAGGAGCUAGAAGAGGAGUUCAGAGCUCAGCUGGUGGAGCUUCAAAGCGCAGUCAGCCAGCGUGAGACCGGCAUCAAGUCAGAUGAAGACGAGCCUCUCGAUCAGGACUCUCUGAAGGAUGAAGUCAGCAGUUCUAGUGAUGGAAAUAUGACAGAACAGUCUUGCUCUGAUGAGAACUUGAUGUGUUAUGAGAAUGGAAGGGUUCCCUUUUUCAAGAAGAAAAGCAAGAAAGAAAACGGCAAUAAAUCAUUGAACCGUUCAAAGGUGGAAAAUGAGAACAUGUGCACACCGCCCCGUUCUAAACUACCUCUCAGGUGUCAGAAUUAACCCAAAGGAUAUUUCAGUUUUUAUUCUUUCCUUUAAUGUCUUAAAUCAUAUUCUUUUUCAGCAUCAGUAUGUCUUUUUCAGUGUCUUUUUAACCUUUUAAAUGUCUUUCCACGUUGUCAGUUUGUGUAUAUAUAAAAAAAAAAACUUGUAAGUUCAGGGUGUUUACUGUUAUUUUCACUAGAGUUUAGAGCUUUUGUGAGAUAUUUAUGUUGAGCAUUGUAUGUAUUUAUCUGAUUAAAACUUAAAAAUAAUCCACUUCAUUUUUAAACCAAUAAAAGGGUAUUUUUUAAAGUGUGGUUCUGUUUGGAAGUAUAGACAUUAUUUAUGUACAGUACAAAGUUAAUCUUGAAUGUAUUCUGUUACAGACACUUAAGACAAAUAUUGGUGCUUGUAGUUGUAUAUUUGUUUUUAAAAACAUAUUCAGGUAUGCUGAAAGACAUUGAAUUUGUGCAA